AUUAUUAUUAAUCUCAAGGGGGGCUAAUAAUGCGAUUCUGCCCUCGCCAGGGAUCUCCACCAGGGCAAAGCGCGGAGAGGGCAGGGAAUCCCCCGCUCCGCAGGCCAGGAGUGGGCGCAGCGGUGAUGGGGGGCUGAACUCCCGUGCCACUUUCGGCAGGAGUAGCACGUGGAAAGAUCCUGUCUCUCCAAAAGGGCUCCGGGACGCUCAGCCCGCAAUCGGGGGCGGGGGAAGAGAGACUAAAUAACGGCAAAGCCCCAACUUUUGGGAUUUCAAAUCCCGAAGUCUUUGAGGGCGUCGCUCUCUUACUUUGGCUGAUAUUAACAAUUGAUACGAUCGCUCAGGAGGAUCCCUUUUGUAGCUUCCCCUAGAUCGGCUGGGAAAUUGUGAAUCAAAUCAUAAAAGUUGCUUCACGAAGCAAAAUAGUUUGGGGGGGGGGGCUGAGAGAGGAGAUCUCCUGCUGCAGAAGAUGCCGGGGCUGCAAUAGAAAGCGCUUCUGCCCACUUUUAAGUGCCUGCCGGUUCGGUCCAGCAUGGCUGUGUAUGCCCUCACCGGCUUCUCCCUCGUCAGCCUGCUGAGUUUCGGCUACCUCUCCUGGGACUGGAUGAAGCCCGGCUUGGUGGGCGAAGUGCCCGGGGACCCGAUGGGCAAGCCUCUCCCGGCGGCUGGUGCUGCUGCUGCUGCUUCUGCCGCUCUGGCCAGGCCGCCCCACCUCAUCUUCAUCCUGACGGACGACCAAGGCUUCCAUGACGUGGGCUACCACGGCUCCGAUAUCCAGACCCCGACGCUGGACAGGCUAGCGGCCGAAGGGGUGAAGCUGGAGAACUAUUACAUCCAACCCAUCUGCACCCCUUCCAGGAGCCAGCUCAUCACGGGCAGGUACCAAAUCCAUACCGGCCUUCAGCACUCCAUCAUCCGCCCCCGGCAACCCAACUGUUUGCCCUUGAACCAGGUCACUCUUCCCCAGAAGCUGCAGGAAGCUGGCUAUUCCACGCACAUGGUGGGCAAGUGGCACUUGGGCUUCUACAGGAAAGAGUGCCUGCCCACUCGCCGGGGCUUUGACACUUUCCUUGGCUCGCUGACCGGGAAUGUGGAUUACUACACCUAUGACAAUUGUGACGGGCCGGGUGUUUGCGGCUACGACCUUCAUGACGGCGAGAACGUGGCCUGGGAACAAAGUGGCAAAUAUUCCACUUUCCUCUACGCCCAGCGAGUCAACAAAAUCCUCGCCGCCCACAACCCCAAGGAGCCCAUUUUUAUCUACGUAGCCUUCCAAGCUGUGCACACACCGCUGCAGUCCCCGAAGGAGUACAUCUACCGCUACCACUCCAUGGGCAACGUUGCGCGGCGUAAAUACGCCGCCAUGGUCACGUGCAUGGAUGAAGCGGUGAAGAACAUCACCUGGGCGCUCAAGAAGUACGGCUACUAUGAAAACAGUGUGGUCGUGUUCUCCACCGACAACGGCGGGCAGACCUUUUCCGGGGGAAGCAACUGGCCUCUGCGAGGUCGCAAAGGGACUUACUGGGAAGGAGGUGUUCGUGGAAUUGGCUUUGUGCACAGCCCGCUGAUUAAACGCAAGCGGAGAACCAGCAGGGCCCUGAUUCACAUCACGGACUGGUACCCAACUCUGGUGACCUUGGCCAGGGGCAACUUGUCUGAGGCAGACAGUUUGGACGGCUAUAACGUGUGGCCAGCGAUCAGCGAGGGCAAAGAGUCUCCCCGCGUGGAAAUCCUGCAUAACAUUGACCCUCUUUAUAACCAUGCUAAAUAUGGCUCUUUGGAGAGAGGUUUUGGCAUAUGGAAUACGGCAGUGCAGGCCUCGGUGCGGGUAGGAGACUGGAAGCUUCUUACUGGAGACCCUGGUUACAGUGACUGGAUCCCGCCACAGACUCUGACCAACUUCCCAGGGAGCUGGUGGAACCUGGAGCGCCUGACGGACGGCCUACGCAAAUCCGUCUGGCUCUUCAACAUCACCGCUGACCCAUACGAGCGCUACGAUCUGUCGGACCAGCGACCCGACGUGGUGAGGGCUCUCCUCAUCAGACUCGUCCGUUACAACCAGACGGCCAUUCCGGUCAGAUACCCAGCAGAAAAUCCUCGCGCCCACCCGGAUUUCAAUGGUGGUGCCUGGGGUCCUUGGGCGACGGAAGAGGAGGACGUGUGGGAGGGAGGACACGGAAAACUGAAAAAUAAAAACCGGAAGAAGAAGUGCAAGAUCUGCAAGCUGCGCUCCUUCUUCCGGAAGCUGAACACCAGGUUGAUGUCCAACCGCAUCUGAGGGAGUAGGUAGGGGUGGUGCCAGACGCAGCCUCAAGGGGGUGCAGUUCCAAAUAGAAUCCAUGGGACAGUUUAAUCCCCCCCCAUACCUAGUGCGUGAAAUGGGUUGGGAUGCUAGUCCACUUCUUUUCCAGUGGAAGUAGGGCCCCUCCAGGUGGCCUUUUUAUUGUGCAUUCAUGAUGGUUUGUACUCAUGGUGGUAUCUGGGGAGUUAUAUGCAAUCCUGCUUUCAAACGGUUUGCACCUGCAACAGUUUUGGGGCGGAUGGACUGCCUUGUUUCCAGUAAGCGCACGUCCCGUAACUCCCUGCUGAAAUCCUGCAACUUUUUAUCCACAAAUAUUCUGUUUUUGUUUGUUUGUGUGGGUCCUGGUUUUCUUGCGCUAUAGUGCAAGAGUGUCCCUCUAGGUGGCAAUAAUGCACUAACAUUGGGGAAGCACUAAUAAAGCGGAAUGUUGCGUGAACAGUCCAGUAUAAACCCACCACUGAUGUACUAUUAUUGGAUCAAUGACAUGUUACGGAAAGAAAUCCCGGUCUGGAAGGGCCUUUAAUAAAGUUUGACCUAACCCAC